GUGGUGAAUACUCUAGCACAGAAAUAGAGCGGUGGGAAAUUGAGUUAAGAAUAAGAAAGAGUAAAGCAGUUGGGAGCCCGAGAAUCAAUGGAACUGAAAAGAUAACAGUGAGUUAGUUAGCUUCUACUAUGACAUUUGCUUCCACAACCACCGCUCUCACUCUCUGCCACCGUCGAACACCACUCUCUUACUCCAAAACCCGUUUUCCGCAACGAAACAGUGUUAUAGCAUUUUCUAGUUUCAGUAACCAAAUUGUUUCCAAAUUAAGCAUCCAAAAUGAAGAGCUCCAAGUUCAAACGCGCAUGUGGAAUUGGAAGGGUUACUUUAUUCGCUAUCAAUAUUCUGGAAACAACGGUCCUGCACUAGUUUUGGUGCAUGGUUUUGGAGCUAACAGUGAUCACUGGAGGAAAAAUAUUCCAGAUCUAGCGAAAUCUCACCGUGUAUACUCUAUUGAUCUUAUUGGUUAUGGAUAUUCAGAUAAACCAAAUCCUCUCCAAAUUGGAGGGGAUUCCUUCUAUACUUUUGAUACAUGGGCCGCGCAAUUAAACAAAUUUUGUCUCGAUGUAGUUAAGGAUAAAGCAUUCUUUAUAUGCAAUUCGAUUGGAGGAGUUGUAGGUCUUCAGGCAGCUAUAACAGAACCACAAAUCUGCCGGGGGAUUGUUCUUCUCAAUAUAUCUCUGCGUAUGCUUCAUAUAAAGAAGCAGCCUUGGUAUGGAAGACCUUUCAUCAGUUCGUUCCAAAGAUUGCUUAGGGAUACUGCUGUAGGAAAAUUCUUCUUUAAAGCUAUUGCAACGAAAGAAUCUGUGAAGAACAUUCUUUGCCAGUGCUAUCAUGACACUUCCAAGGUGACUGAUGAGUUAGUGCAGAUCAUCCUUAGUCCAGGACUGGAACCUGGUGCUGCAGAGGUUUUUCUUGAGUUUAUUUGUUACUCGGGUGGCCCUCUUCCAGAGGAACUGCUACCCCAAGUAAAGUGUCCAGUUUUGAUAGCUUGGGGUGACAAGGAUCCUUGGGAACCAAUUGAAAUGGGAAGGAAUUACGGAAAUUUUGAUUCAGUAGAAGACUUCAUUGUCCUUCCAAAUGUUGGGCAUUGCCCCCAGGAUGAAGCACCUCAGCUCGUGAACCCACUUGUUGAGUCAUUUGUGGCACGGCAUGCUAAAUCUUCAUCUCCUACCCCAUCAGUUGGUUGAUUCCCUGCCAGUCACUUUGCUGAUGCUGCUUGGCACAUUGAAAUUGUGUACAUUUCUUCAUUUGCUUCCACCAAGAGUGGGUUUCAUCUUUUGUAUAGUAUAUACGUAAUGAAUUUUGAGAAAGCAGCUAUAUGUCAUUGAUGACAAAGAAAAGAGGGUAGAUGUAAACGAUUUAUUAAUUAUAUAUACAACUGAGAUAUCUUAGAAUUA